AUGGCUGACACCAUAGCUGAUACAAGAAGGCUCUUUACUAAGCCUCAGAACCUAAACGACGCGUAUGGACCACCGAGCAACUUUCUGGAGAUUGACGUGAGCAACCCAGAGACCAUCGGGGUCGGAAGAGGCAGACACACAACGUACGAAGUCAGACUGAAGACAAACCUUCCCAUCUUCAAGCUGAAGGAGUCGAGUGUACGGAGACGCUACAGUGACUUUGAGUGGCUCAGGGCGGAGCUGGAGAGGGAGAGCAAGGUUGUUGUGCCACCCCUGCCGGGUAAAGCGCUCAUCCGACAGCUGCCCUUCCGAGGGGAUGAUGGGAUAUUUGAUGAUUCUUUCAUAGAGGAGAGGAGACAUGGUUUGGAGCAGUUCCUUAAUAAAGUGGCCGGUCACCCUCUGGCCCAGAACGAACGGUGCCUGCACAUGUUUCUACAGGAUGAGUCUGUGGACAAGCACUACACCCCGUCCAAAGUCAGACAAGCUUAA